GCCAGCCUUGUCCGCUUCCGACUCCACCACCGCCGACGAAAUUCGCACGGUCAAUUUUGAAGCGCAGGUUGAACUUUUGCACUUGACUUCCUUUCCUCAAGCUCGUUACUCCUUUCCGUGUCGACCACCUCUUCUCAGUCAAAAUGCCACCGAAAGGAAAGAAGCCCGCGCCUGCGCCCUUCCCUCAGGGAAAGGCCGGCACAAGCAAGAAAGCCGCAAAGAACCCUCUUCUCGAGAAGCGACCCCGAAACUUCGGCAUCGGUCAAGAUAUCCAGCCUAAGCGCAACUUGGGACGUAUGGUGAAGUGGCCAGAGUACAUCCGUCUCCAACGCCAGAAGAAGAUCUUGAACCUGCGCCUCAAGGUGCCCCCUGCGAUUUCCCAAUUCUCCAACACCCUCGACCGAAACACCGCCGCCCAGACAUUCAAACUUCUCAACAAGUACCGACCCGAGACUAAGGCCCAGAAGAAGGAGCGUCUCCACCAGGAAGCCACCGCUGUCUCAGAGGGCAAGAAGAAGGAGGAUGUUUCCAAGAAGCCAUACACCGUCAAGUACGGUCUCAACCACGUCGUUGGCCUGAUUGAGUCAAAGAAGGCAUCUUUGGUCCUGAUCGCCCACGAUGUUGACCCCAUCGAAUUGGUAGUCUUCCUGCCCGCUCUUUGCCGCAAGAUGGGUGUCCCCUACGCCAUUGUCAAGGGCAAGGCUCGUCUUGGUACGGUCGUGCACAAGAAGACCGCCGCCGUCUUGGCCUUGACUGAGGUUCAAGGCGAGGACAAGUCUGAGCUGAGCAAGCUCGUCGGCACCGUCAACGAAGGAUACAUCAAGAAGUACGAGGAGCACAGACGUCACUGGGGCGGUGGUAUCAUGGGCGCCAAGGCCGUCGCCAAGCAGGAGAAGAGAAGGAAGGCUGUUGAGAGCGCCAUCAAGAUCUAAGCCUGUUUACAUUCUGCUUGGUAUUGGUGGGGAUUGAAGGAACGCUGUAUCCGUGCGGAUGAUGAAUCGACACGAAACGAAUCGAAUCGUGAGCAAGGCUGAGGAAAAUCCGGGCUUAAUUGAGCGGAGGUUCCUUGCCGCAUGCAACAACACGAAGGAUGUGCUGGCCGUCAGACGCUUGCAUGUCCAAAAAGCUGCCAAGAUAGUGAAUAACUCGAUGUUGACCUGCAGUCACCAAGACUGUCCAGGAACGGGUUACGCCCAUUCACAACCAUGAAAUGAUAUCAUAUGCUUCUUCA